GAAUUGAAGUUGAGAAAGAUCGUAAAAAGGCUAGUGAGUUGUUUAAAGAAGCAGCUGAUGAAAUCCCAGAUGCUCAAUUACGUUAUGCAUUUUCAUUAGUUAAUAAUCCACUAGUAAAAUUUGAUCGUGAAAUAUUUCUAAAAUAUAUAACUAAAGCUGCAAAUAAUAAUAAUCCCACCGCACAAUAUAACUUGGGAGAGGUGUAUUUUUAUGGUAAACUUAAUCAAAAAAAGGAUGAAAAAUUAGGCAUAAAAUAUUUAAAAUUGGCUGCUCUCAAUGAUCAACCUAAAGCUAAAAAGCUUUUACAAGAAUUGGGGAUUAAUGG